AUGGCCUCAAAUGCGCCCAGGGCGGUGGCCGACGCCGUUGCCGCUCUUGCAGCCAAGAACCAGGCCCCGCACUUCCUGGUGGUCUACGCCAGCAUCGUCAACGGCCGGAGCUGGUGCGGCGACUGCAUCCGGGCGGAGCCGCUGAUCCAGGAGAAGUUCCCCGCCGGCGAGCAGUCGCGCCUGACGGUUCAGUACGCUGGCGACAGGGAAACGUGGAGAUCUCCAGAGAAUGAAUGGCGCAAGUUUGGUGUCCCUGCUCUGCCAACGCUGUACAAGGUGACACCAGAUGGAACGUGGUCUCAACUGGUGGAAGGGGAGGUCUACGAUAGGAAGAAGCUGGAUGCAUUUGUCGUUACGCAGUAG